GGUGCAUUAUUUUUUGGAGGCUUGGAGCUGCGCGGUGCAGUGACGCGCUUUUGUCCGUCCAGCACAGCAGCUAUCUAUCUAGCUUCAAAUCAUUCAUGGAGGAUUCAUCAUACGAACGCAUGCCGUCCGGCGGCAGAGACGGCGCAGUAUCACCGGCGGCGCAUAGCUACGGAAAGCAUGAAACGAGCGGCGAGCUAGAGAAGAUGCUGCUGGACUCUGAUAUUCCCCGAUGGGAUCGUCUCAAGCUUGCGACAUGGAUCGAGCUGAAGCUCCUCUGCUAUCUCGCUGCCCCUGCCGUCAUCGCCUACUUGAUCAACAACGUCAUGUCCAUGUCCGCCCAAAUCUUCUCUGGCCACCUCGGCAAUCUCCAACUCGCCGCCGCUUCUCUUGGCAACACCGGCAUUCAAGUUUUUGCCUACGGUCUCUUGUUGGGCAUGGGAAGUGCGGUUGAGACAUUAUGCGGCCAAGCUUUUGGAGGCGGAAGAUAUGAAAUGCUGGGAGUAUAUCUCCAACGGUCAACAAUACUCCUAAGCAUAACCGGAGUCUUUCUUUCUAUGCUGUACAUAUUCUCGGAGCCUGUCCUGAUAUUCCUCGGACAGUCGCCGGAAAUAGCCUCGGCAGCCGCGCUGUUCGUGUACGGACUGAUCCCCCAAAUAUUCGCAUACGCCGUCAACUUCCCCAUCCAGAAGUUUCUGCAAGCGCAGAGCAUUGUAGCGCCGAGCGCUUACAUAUCCGGCGCGACGCUGGCUCUGCACCUGGUACUGAGCUGGGUGGUGGUGUACAGGCUCGGGUUCGGGCUCUUAGGGGCGUCCCUGGUGCUGAGCUUUUCAUGGUGGGUGGUCGCUGUGGGACAGUUCGUUUAUAUUGUGAAGAGCGAGAGGUGCAGGAAGACUUGGAGUGGGUUCUCGGUCAAAGCCUUCUCCGGCCUCUGGGGAUUCUUCAAACUGUCUGCCGCUUCUGCUGUGAUGCUCUGUUUGGAAGCUUGGUACUUUCAGAUUCUUGUUUUGCUGGCUGGAUUGCUUCAAAACCCAGAGCUCGCUUUGGAUGCGCUCUCUAUUUGUACAACGAUUUCUGGGUGGGUAUUUACGAUAUCAAUUGGAUUCAAUGCAGCAGCAAGUGUGAGGGUAAGCAAUGAACUGGGAGCGGGGCAUCCAAAAUCAGCAGCAUUUUCAGUGGUGGUUGUGAACGUCAUAUCUUUCAUCAUCUCGGUAAUUGCCGCCGCCGCCGUUCUUGCAUUGCGGCGUGAUAUCAGCUAUAUGUUCACUGAGGGGGAAGUUGUGGCCGACGCCGUUUCGGACCUCUGCCCGUUGCUUGCACUCACUAUUGCUCUUAAUGGGAUCCAACCGGUCUUAUCUGGCGUUGCUGUUGGUUGCGGAUGGCAAAAGUUCGUAGCAUACGUCAAUGUAGGAUGCUAUUAUAUAGUUGGAGUUCCACUAGGAUGUCUUUUGGGAUUUCACUUCAACCUCGGUGCUAAGGGCAUAUGGGUUGGAAUGAUGGGCGGGACAGUGAUGCAGACGGUCAUUCUACUAUGGACCACGAUACGAACAGAUUGGGACAAAGAGGUAGAAGCGGCUGAUAAAAGAUUACAACAGUGGGGUGCAAGUGCAACAAAAGAGCCUCUCUUGAAGAGCUAGAAGGGGCACACAAUUGAUUGAUAUACGUUUGUAUAAUGGAAUUUUUUGUUUUAGUCCAUGCCAAUGUAUGUGCGUUUUACCAAUUUCCACACCUUGUUUAAUUUACAUAAAAUGGAUAUGACAUGUUGAAAUCAUUCUCCCUCCAUUAAGUACAAUGUGUUAGAGGUUAACUAAUAUAUUGUCAAUGGUGGUUUCACCAUAACAUACUAAAUAGUAAUGCUAAUGGGAUAAACUAAUUGUUUCUCAAUAACAAUUAGAUUGAAUCAAAUUUAUACUGUUG